GCUCCGGCUACCGGGCAGUUUGGGCUGCUACGCCGCCAGGCCGGGUACCUGCGUCCGCCGGCGGGCUGACUUCAGCUUCCUGAGAGCCCAGCCAGACGCCUGUCCCUCCAGAAUGAAGGUCUUCCUGCCGUUGCUGCUGGCUGCCCUCCUGGGCGUGGAGCAAGCCCACUGCCUGAUGUGCUUCACCUGCCAGAAUCAGAAGAGCAACUGGUACUGCCUGAAGCCAACCAUCUGCUCCGACACCGACAGUUACUGCGUGACGGUCUCUUCCUCCGCCGGCCUGAAGAACGUGAUAGACUUCGGCUACUCCCUGUACAAGUCCUGCUCCCCGACCUGCAGCUCCUCGAGCAUCAACAUCGGCUUGGCGUCCAUGGACAUGUCCUGCUGCCAGAGCUUUCUGUGCAACAUCAGCGCGGCGGACGGCAUGCCGCGCGCCAGCACCUCCGUGCUGGGCCUGGGGCUUCUGCUCAGCCUGCUGGCGGCUCUGCUGUGGGCUGGACCCUGACUGCCCAGCCCAGGCUCCCAAAGCUCAGGAAGGAAGGAAAGCCCAGACCCAAGAGAAUCUCAAAGCCGCCGCCUCUGACUCCUCACCCUGCUAGUCCCACCUUCUCGGCCCUGGGUCCCCACAGGCAGGCCUGGCCCCCUGUACCCACACCUGCCAGCUCCCCUUACUCCAGGUCAGCCUUGCCGGGGGAACCUGGGAAUGGAGCCUGAGCGUCCGGGAGUCAGAACCGAGUCCCAGGGACACGCCGGGAGGGGCUCCUAAUCCCUGCUCCCUCCCUGCCCCCAAGUGCAGAAGAUGUGCUGUGUGGACAGGUGUGUGGUCCAUGUGCCCAGCUAGGCAUGUGUGAGUGUGUUUGGGGGAGGGGUGGGGGUCUGAAGUAUGUCUGGAGCCCCAAGUGCCAGCACAGAGCCCCAGUCCCUGGUAUCUCUGCAUAUGUCCUUGUCAUUUCACUCACUUAGAGGGUGGCCCUUUGGGGAGACAGGGCUUCCCCUGUUCCCAGGUCUAGGCUACCAACCCAGGAAUCUGCUCCCACCCCAGAUCCCACAGCCGCCCACCCCCUCCCUCCACCCCACACUCCUGCUGCUUCAUUGCCUCAAAUAAACACAUUUCCACCCUUUC